UUUCCGGAUCACUUUGGACACAGUGAACAAUGUGAGAGUGAAGAAGAAGAUGUGGACGUUGCCCUGAAGAAUGAAGUUGCUCAACUGAAAGCACACAAAACGGAUCAGGAGAGGCGCUUCCAGGUCAUCGAGAGCGGCGCGUACAAUGUCAUCUUCAUCAGAACUCGAAAUAUAGAGCCUGAYAGAUUGAUUCAUUACAUUAUGAGUGAUCUCCAUACCACCAAGCAGAAAAAGUCACGUUUGAUCCUUCGCAUGUUGCCGGUCAUGGGAACAUGCAGGCCUUAUGAGGAAGAUAUACUGAAAUUUAUGACCACAUUCCUGGAACCUUGGUUUAAAGCUCCAAACUGUGCAACGUUUAAAGUCGCCUACAAGGCUCGCAACAACAACCAGCACAAGAGAGAAGAAAUCAUUAAAAACAUUGCAGGUGUUUUGGGGAAGCUGAACUACCAAAACAGGGCGAAUCUGGUGGACCCCGAGUUCGUAGUGGUUGUGGAGAUCAUCAAGAAUGUGUGUUGCAUCGGUGUGGUUAAAGACUAUAAACUGUUCAGGAAGUACAAUGUUUUUGAAAUCGUAAAAGAUGGACCCGACACUGAUGGGACCACGACAAAAACGGAUGGGAGCGUUGCAGAGAGCAAAGAAAAACAGGGAGAGGGAGGUGUAGAACGGGGCAAAACGGAGGAGAAUGAGGGCAAAGCCGAAUCACAGGACAAUGAGGAGGGUAAAGUUGAAGCUCAAAGUGAGGAGGUUAAUAAGAGAGAAGAUGAAGAUGAUGAUGUUAGGAGAGAAGGUGAAGAUGAUGAUGUUAGGAGAGAAGGUGAAGAUGAUGUUAAGGGGGAAGGUGAAGAUGAUGAUGUUAGGAGAGAAGGUGAAGAUGAUGUUAAGGGGGAAGGUGAAGAUGAGGAUGUUAAUAAAAGUGAAUGUGAGGCUAACAUGGGUGAAAAUGAAGAUGAAGAGGUUGAAAAAGAUGAAGGUGAUGGGGAGUAAUAGCUUACAUAUUAAGAGAUCAGACUAGACGUGAUCUAAUUUUUUUUAUGGUCACAACAUAAAGUUUUGCUUUCAAAACUAGCUAAAUGGUCAAAAAGAUCCUGAUGUAAUUUAAUGUUUUUGUUUUGUUUUGUUUUGUUUUGUAUAAACCUACAAAGAGAAGAUUCACUUGAAACCAAAGACAGCUGUCCAUUACAGAAACUAGUUUUUAUAAAUAAAGAAAAAUAUCAACAUCUUGAACCAGGACUCUUAACGCACAAAUGGUGSUUUUUAUGUUAAAUGUGAAUUUUAAUGUUGGUAUUAUCCUAGUUUUGACAUUUUUACACAACAAAUGAACAACAUUAAAUAUAAGGGAGAUAUCUGUCAUUUAGCUGGUAGAGAAUAGAAAUCUUUAUUUCUUUUUGAGAGUUUUGUUCUGAUUAUUUGGGAUGUUUGUUUUUGUAGAUGUUUCCUUAACUCCUCAAUUAAAAUAUUUUGACUGAUUUCCUUUGUGUUUGCUGGUUUUAGCAUUUUUAAGCUGAAGGAAAAUUAUAUGUAUCUAAAUAUUUUACAUGUGGACAAUAUUGUUGGUACCCUAAUGACUGAGAAACCCACAAUGGUCACUGAAAUAACUUGAAACUGACAAAAGUUAUAAUAAAUAAAAAUGAACCAAAGAAAAUCAAA